CAAAUAGCUGCCUGCUGCAAGCCAGGAUUGAGUGUCGGUGGAUGCGUAGCAGGGGCUGGGUGCGCAGCGUGGCGGUGUGAGGGCAGUCAUGGUGCAGGCUUGGUACAUGGCCGAGUUGGGUCCUGGCGACGACCAGAGGCUGCCCCACAAAACCGAUCCUGUGCAGCCAAUCACCAUGGAGGAGCUCAGCGAGCGCACGGGGGUCCUCUACUGGAAGGUGGGGGAUGAGGACGUCGAGGGCUCGCCUCUGGUGGAGAAGAUCCGUGCCGAGCGAGGUUACAACUACAAGGACGUCAUCACCGUCUCCCCGGGCCGACUGGACAACUUCGAGGCGAAGAUCAAGAUGUUCUUCGAGGAGCACCUGCACGCCGACGAGGAGAUCCGCCUGGUGCUGGAAGGCUCGGGCUACUUCGACGUGCGGGACCGGCACGACCGCUGGGUGCGCGUGCUGGUGGAGCGGGGUGACCUGCUGGUGCUACCGGCCGGUAUCUACCACCGCUUCACCUGCGACGACAAGGAUUACAUCAAAGCGUGCCGCCUGUUCUGCGGCGUGCCGGUGUGGAAGGCGCACAACCGCAGCCCGGAGACGGAGGCCAUGCCGGAGCGCGGCUCGUACGUGCAGCAGCUGCACGGCACCGCCUGAGCCAGCCGGGCCGGCCCGAGCGACGGCCGCCGCCGUCGUCU